AAACAUAAUAAAGAUAGUGUCAAAAUUGUCAAAUUUCUCCGUUAGGCAACUCGACGACCCUUUCCUGAAACUCCUUCCUUUACCAAAAAAGAAAUCGAAAAAUGGACCCAACCGCACCCUCCGCGUCGGCCGGCGGUGGCGCUGGUGGCGGAGGAGGGCCUGCACCUUUCCUUGUAAAGACCUACGACAUGGUGGACGACUCAUCCACCGACGACAUCGUUUCAUGGAGCUCCAACAGAAAGAGCUUUGUGGUUUGGAACCCUCCCGAGUUCGCCCGCCUUUUGCUUCCCACCUAUUUCAAGCACAGUAAUUUCUCCAGCUUCAUCAGGCAGCUUAAUACCUACGGUUUCCGGAAGAUUGAUCCUGAAAAGUGGGAAUUUGCCAAUGAAGAUUUUGUGAAAGAUCAAAGGCAUCUUCUUAAGAACAUCCACCGUAGGAAGCCUAUUCACAGCCAUAGUAAUCCUCCAGGUUCUUUGACAGAUCUAGAGAGAGCUGGAUAUGAAGAAGAAAUCGAAAAGCUUUCACGUGAGAAAGCUGCACUUGAGGCUAAUGUUUCGAGGUCUAGACAGGAGCGAUCAGCUUUGAAGCUGCAGGUGGAAGAGUUGACACUUCAGGCUGAUCAAAUGGAGCGGAGGCAGGAGACUUUGUUUAACUUCUUAGAAAAGGCUUUGCAAGACCCUUCUUUCGUUGAACAUAUUGUUCAUAAGAUUGAAUCUAUGGAUGAUGUUGCUGCAUAUAAUAAGAGAAGAAGACUGCCUGAAAACGAUCGAAUCAAGCCAGUUGGACAAUAUGAUCUUUUGGACAACAAAAGCGGUUCUACACCUAAGUUUGGAAACGUUGUCCACCUCGAUUUCUCAAACAAGCUAAGACUAGAAUUGUCAUCAGCCGUUUCGGAUAUUAAUUUGGUUUCUCAGAGCACACAAAGUUCUAAUGAAGAUGGAGAAAGUCUUCAGAGAAGGAUAUCUCAAGGUGAACCAAAGGAUGAUAAUAUCAAACCCGAAGGCAUUUUAUUCACUCCCGAAACAUUAGACCUUUCAGAUACGGGCACAUCUUUUACAUUCAACAUGGAUUCAUCAUUCACUCAAAAAGUAUCAAUGAAUGAAAGCCCAACUGUGCAUUCACUGGCACUGCAACAGAGAUUAAGUUCCAACGAGGAACCUGAUGGUAAUGUUUCCUGUCAAUUAAAUCUAACUCUGGCAUCUUCCUCAUUGCAAGUGAAUAAAAGUCCCAGCUUAACUAGGAUGUCACAACUAAAUUGGGAAUUCGGAAAAGUCUCCAAGCCAAGGUCCAAUGCCAACAGUAAAGACUCUGAUCCCAGAGCUUUUGAGAACAGCAGAAACAUGAUUGAUGGGGAAACUACAUUAUCUUCAUCAAAAGAAGGUUCUAAUAGAAAUCAAGAGACGGUAGCUCCUCCAGCCAGAGUGAAUGAUGUAUUUUGGGAACAGUUCCUUACUGAAAGACCAGGCUCCUCUGACAAUGAAGAAGCCAGUUCCAAUUAUCGAGCAAAUCCAUAUGAAGAGCAGGAAGACAAAAGGUCGGCCCAUGGACUAGCAAAGAAUGCUAAGAACAUUGAACAGCUUAGUCUUUGAGCUGCAAAGAUGUCUUCCCAGAAAACCAGUGAGAAGUCUACAAAGGUGUCUUUCAUUACUUUUGUUCUUUUGCAAUAGAUAUAGUUCAUUUAUAGGAUUCGAUUUUAUAUAUAACUGCCAAAAAUUAGUUUGAAUAAAAUCAUGUUGAAUUCCAUUUGGUUAGUGGCAUGUUACCAUAAGUGCUCAAAUUCGAGAGAUAGCAACCUUUUUUUCAAUUGUAAAAUAGAAAGUUAUAUAUGUAUUGUCUAGUUUUCAAGGUUUUGGUAACUAAACAACUAUGUUUAUCUUCUGAAACAGACAUAAUCUGUCUUUCUUCCUUUAUCGAAACUGAAGUCUCCUCUUGAGUGUUUUUUCUGCCUAGAAUUUUCAUUUUUGGCAAACAGAAACAAAACUGUUGUUUCUGUCUUAAAAUGUUCAGCUAACAACCCAUCUCAUACAUUUUGAUAUUGUUGUUGUUUUUU